AUACAACAGAGCAGCAAAAAUGGUUUUAGUUCAAGAUUUAUUACACCCAAACCCAGCUACUGAAGCUAAGCAACACAAGUUGAAGACCUUGGUCCAAUCCCCAAGAUCUUACUUCAUGGAUGUUAAGUGUCAAGGUUGUUUAAACAUCACCACUGUUUUCUCCCACGCUCAAACCGCCGUCACCUGUGACUCUUGUUCUACUGUUUUGUGUACUCCUACUGGUGGUAAGGCUAAGUUGACCGAAGGUUGUUCUUUCAGAAGAAAGUAAAUUUGAGGAAUAGAAUUGGGUUCAUAAAAUUGCAUUCGUCUAUCUAAAAUAAUUAAAACUUCAAAACAGUGUACAAUUAACAAGGGUUUAUUGUCUCAUGACUAGAUCCAGCCUUCCAUAUACUUCCCCCUAGUUACGGUUACGUAACGCUAAUCUUGUUGUAUCGUCGGGACAUCAUGUUCUAGUUGUAUAGCAUCAAAAAUUAAAUAUAUAAAUAAGUUU